AUCUCCAUUUGCAUUGAACUUUCAGCGCUGUAACUUUGCAGAUACUGUUUAUUCUCAAGCAGCAACAUUACACACUAACCAAAGUAAAAAAAAAGUGAAAUCGCAAUGAACCACCCCUUUAAGAGCAAACUACACCUGAUUUAACAUAAACACAAAGAUCCAGGUGCAAUAUAUUUACAAUAUUAACUACAGCUAAGGUGCUCACUUUAAAAUACAGUAUUUGGACCUAAACAUUUCUGUCUUGAAUUCAUUCUGACAAUAGGGUUAUCUUCAUUGUAAUAUAAUAAUCUACAUUUAACAUUCUUGUAUAAAAGUUUUCAUCUGACCUUUUCAAAGACUUGGUUUAUUUAUCAGUUAAUCUAGAAUAAAAUACAUCUUUAUUUGUAGCCAUUUUUGAAAUAUUUUCAAAUUAUUUAUUUGUUCAAAUUUGCUAGGCAACACCAGUGCUUAUAUAAAGGCUUGUGUUCAUUUAUGUUCACAUUAUAAAUCAAUGUCAUUCUGUUAAAUAACCUUUUAGUCAAACAAUUGCAUCUUUCUAGAGAUUUGAUGAAUGAUGUGUUGUGAACUGUUGAAAACAGCUGAUGUGCAGAAGCUCACAAUAGAUGAGUGGGACUGAACAGACUGGACGGUUCAGGCAUUUGGUUGGGGUGAAAGGGAGCAGAUUGGGUUGUUUCAGUCUCUGUUAGUCAGUUGUGUGAGCCACUUCGAUUGGGAGAUGGUCAUGACUUUCCAGACAUUCACAUAAUGCAGGAAUCAGAGGAAUCCAAAGAUAUGGAGAACAUUCCAGACCAAGUGGAUGGAGGAAGUAUGAGUGCAGGAAAGAAGGGUGCAGAUCUAAGAGAGAAGCAUCAUUCCUCUUCUAACUGGGACAGAAAAGGGACACCUGUACCCAUAGUGCCAUCGAACGUACCACUUCCAGGCCCCACAAACGACCCCAUCCUUAUUUCCAUUGGCCCUCCACAUCGUUGCCCCUCUGUUUCCAGUGAGUCCCAGUACCAGGGUCUCGAGAGAGAGGAUGACUACGCCAACAGGCAUGGAUGGAGAAGGGAGAAUGUGCAAUAUUACCCGCCAACUGGUGAGGGUGGCGUCGCCAAACAAACAAUGGAUGAACUGAAAAGUGUUUUGCGUGAGAGCUCCCUACUGAGUGCAAAAGGGCAAGAUGAAGGAAGGAGCUACCCUCCUGGUCAAAGAGUGGACUGUAAGCCAGACCAAGUGCCUUCUAAGAGUUUCAGCACCUUCAAGCCAAUUUCAGAAGCUAGGAGAGCAUCCAGACUAAGGGAAGGAAGCUCUAGCUUGGAUUCAGGUGGGCCCUCAAGGACAGAUGGAUCUCCACGCAGGUCCUCUAGAGUGAAUUCACCCACUGUUGAGACAUCCCACUGGGGUGAAGCUGGCUCAUCAAAUUCAGACAAAGAGAGCUCACAGGCACACUCUUUUGCAUCUCAAAACUUCAUUUCUGACGUUGAGCACAUAAAACAGCAAAUUGCACGGGAAAGCAUAAGCUUUGUUCGCUUUGAGGCCACUGAUCUUCAUGGCGUAUCCCGAUCCAAGACAGUUCCGGCUCGAUUCUUUCAAGAAAAAGCUGUAUAUGGCAUCCCAAUGCCGAGAAGCUACCUGGAGUUAACCCUAAGUCCCAAAGUCAAUGAAGUUGAUCAUCCAAGCGCAGCCAACUUCAGCAGUGAUGUCCUCUUGGUCCCAGAUCUCUCCACAUUCCAAAUCCUCCCCUGGGCAGACCAGACCGCUCGUCUUAUCUGCGACCCCUGCACAAUCACAGGUAUACCUCUGCGAAUCCCCCGCCUCAUAGCCAAGCAGAUGCUCGCACUCCAGAGCAUGGGAUUCUCUCUCCACUCAUCUUUCACGUAUGAGUGCUGUAUCUUCGGGGCCCCUGAACGAGUGGGACCCAAAGCUGUUUUCUUCCCUGCCACUACACUAUUGAGCAACUACGAUCUACCCUUCCUGCAGCAGCUAGUCAGGGGGAUGUACUACAUGGGAGUUGAUGUUGAGAGCUUCUCAUCUGCUAAUGGUCCAGGACAGAUGGAGAUUUGCUUCAAACCCAGGUUUGGAAUCGAUGCCGCCGACGGCGCUUUCACCUUCCGCACAGGAAUCAAAGAGAUGGCCAGGAAGUUUGACUAUAUCGCCACCUUUUUCACAGAUGACAACAUCCACAAUUCAGGAUUACUCUCCCAUAGCCUUUGGGAUGCCAGUGGCAGAAGAAGCCUCUUCCACUCGGGCAAUGGGGAAAUUUCGGAGAUCGGCAAGAAGUGGCUCUCAGGUCUUCUCCAGCACUCAGCUGCUCUGAGCUGCCUCUUGGCUCCAGGGAUCGGCUGUCGAAACCAGCUUUCCAAAGGCAAGAAAGAUUCCAAGAGCCAUCUUUACGCCACAUGCGGCUGCAACGACAACAGCUGUGCCUUCAACGUGAAGGUUCAUGGUGGACGGGAGAUGCACAUCGAUAACAAGCUGGGUUCAGCAAUGGCCAACCCUUACAUUGUGUUGGCGGCCACGAUAGCGGCAGGACUGGAUGGUAUUAGGCGUAAUCUCAAUGCUGAACAGGUUCUAAGCAGAGCUCCAGUUCAGCAGAAACAGUUCCCCAUCCCUAUUAAACUGGACGAUGCUUUAGAGGCUCUGUCCGAGGACAGUGCGAUUUGUGGUGCACUGGGAGAGCCUUUCGUGCAGUAUUUUAUUGCCAUGAAGCGUGUAGAGAUUGAGACCCAAGAGCAGGAUGCAGACAAGAACAAGGGACUUGAGUAUUUUAUUUAACAUUUGAAUUUGGUGAAUGAUUUUGUGUAUUUGAAACAAACAAAAUACAUUUAAUGACCAUCUGAUUUGGUAUUGAAGACAAGUAAUAUCUCUCUUGCAAAAAAUAUUUAAAAUAAAAUCAUACAACUGACUGAUA